CGGUCACCUUGCUGCCCCAUUGGAUCAUGGUGCGGUGGGGUCAUGCAGCCUCAGCCAAGUCUUCCCAGAAGGCAGAGUGGCCUCUGAGGCAGCCUGGAAGCGAUGGUAUACAUGUCUUUGGGUGCCUAUAAAUCUCUCUAUCUCGUCGUACUUAUCAUCCGCUUCUACCUCGUUAAGCCAACUACUCUGCGGCCAGCGCGAGUCCUUCAUCGUUAAGCCAACAUGGUCGCGACAGCUUCAUACAAGUACCAGCCACUUCGCGCCAAUCAAAUACGACUUCUCAAGUUUGUUUCCGACCAUGGCCGCCGUACGUCUGCCGUCCUCCAGGCCUUCGCUCUCGACGAACCACUCCCCGCCUACCGGUGCAUUAGCUAUACAUGGGCGAUUGAUGAGACCGGAACCGCGAGAACCUUCGCGCUCGAGAUAGACGAGGAAACGCUUCCGGUGCUCGGGUCGCUCGGCCCCUUCAUACAAACACUCCGCGCGAAGGAUCAGCUGCUUGACGGCAGUUGGUGGUGGAUCGACUCGAUUUGCAUCGACCAGGCAAACCUCGAGGAGAGAGCGGAACAGGUGCAGCGCAUCAACCUCAUCUACGGCCAAGCUGAAAUAACCGUCGUGUGGCUUGGGAUACAGUCGAGCGACAGCGAUCUCGCCGUGGACUUCGUCAAGUUUCUCGAGAAGACCUCUCGCCGCCAUCUGAGCGCCCCCGAGGCUCGCGCCUUGCUGGAGACGGACUCCUACCGCCCUCACUGGAAAGCAUUCGAGAAUUUCCUUUCGAGAAAGUGGUGGACGAGGAUGUGGAGCGUCCAAGAGUUUGUACUGUCCCCGCGUGUCUCGUUCUGGUGCGGUAUGCGCACCGCCUCUAGGGUCGCCGUUUGCCUGAGCAUCCUCAUGGCCGACGUCUGCACCUCGGUCGGCAUCAAGGAAAAGCCAUGCUUUACCCACGCGAAUCAUCGCAGGAGGGCGCUGAUGGUGUACAAAGCGUCCAAAAAGCCUGGCAAGCCCGGGGCCGAGGCGCGCCUACCGCUCGCGGCCUUGUCCGCCUACUUCUGCUGCAUGGACGCGACCGACGACCGGGAUCGGAUAUACGGUCUCCGUGGUCUCGCCACAGACCAAGACCUCAUGCCCGUCAGCUACGCCAUGACCGCGCAGGAAGUCUACAGGCUCUUCGCCCAGCGGUUCAUCGAGGCGUACAACUCGCUGGACAUCAUCUGUCUGGCCUCGAUAUACAGCGGACCACCAGCACUCGCGUCGACGCGUCCCUCAUGGGUGCCGGACUGGCAGAAGAGAGUAACGAUCGUAAUUCCAGCCAUGGUCAGUCAAAGCUGCAAAACCCACAUUGGCAACCUCCGCCCCUCCCUUUCUCUCGAGGUGGAUCCCGGAGUCUGCUUCUCGGCAGCCGGCAACAUACCGCCCGUAUACAGCUUCGACAAGGCGACGCUGAACGCACAAGGUACCAUCGUCGAUACAGUGGACGGGCUGGCCGGGUCAGCUCACUCACCCAUGGUCCGGAGCUCAGGAUGGGACGCCUCCGCCUCCUCCUUUUCGGCCACUGAGAUCCUUACCAGCGUCUGUCGGAGCCUGGUACUGGACCGCAAGGACAGGUACAUGCGUUUCGCAAUGCCCACCGAGGCCUUCUCUCUUGACUUUGUCCGCCUCCUCGUGCGCAUAGUAAACGGCAUCGACCUCCCGGGUUGCAGAACACUCCGUCAGUGGUAUGAAGACAAUAAGCUCUUCGAGAUCCAGGGCCGCACCUUGGAAAGUAUGCUCCAAGGCUGCCCACUGGCCGACACUGCUCUCACGGAUCCCGCCCCGAAUGAGGACGAAUACUACCACGACACCAUCUUUGGGCGGUUCUUCGACACGGUCGUGAGGAUGUCACUACGGAUGAUGGUCACAAAGGACGGACGCGUCGGCAUGGCACCGGAGAGGACUGUGAAGGGGGACUUGGUCUGCAUACUGUUUGGGUGCAGUGUCCCUGUUGUUCUGCGGCCGACUGAUGACGAUGGAGGGCAGCAGAGGUUCAGGCUCGUGGGGGAGUGUUUCGUCGAUGGGUGGAUGAGCGGGGAAGGGUUGGACGAGGCUGCAUUUGCGAGGAGGAGAAUGUUCGCAAUCUGCUAAAGCACCCUGGCGAUGAAUGUAAUUCCUGCUACGCUUUUCCGUUAUGAAUUUCAUACUGGCAACUCAUAUCUCAGCCUAAGUAAAGCAGCGAAUUUAAAUAAAUAGCUUAGGCUUUGUAUUGAGUUUGUUUUCACAUCA